CUGAGCGUCUGAACGGUUAUCGUACCGAUUGCACCCAAUCAUUUGAUGAGAUUUUACAUCAAUCACGUCAGGCAGCAAUUUAUGUUUGUGCUUCCACGUGCCGGCGAACACGCCAGAGAAGAUUUAUUUUUGACGACAUGUCCGUCGUACGAUACGCUUGUUUAUUUCCCUCGUCGAAGAGCAUGUUAUUACUGAAUCCAAAGAUAUCACAGAUUAAUAAGGAUCUGGGUACCAUCAGACAUUUGUUAUCGACAAUUUCUAAGACACAGCCACCAAUGCCUAGAGAUGUCCACACAGUAUAUGAGCACCGUACAUCCACAGUGGAACCUUUACGUCCAAAAAUAGGAUUUAUAGAGAGAAUGCUCAAAAAAGCUCGUAUUCUAGACAUCCAGAAAUAUAGAUAUAUGGAAAUGGGUUAUACUGUAUACGAAGAUGUAAUUUGUCAAGUGGAUUAUCCUUUUUUCUUUAAACAUUUUAACAUGCCAGAUACGUUCUUCAGUUGGUUUCUGGUGACAGAGCUUCAUGUAUGGAUGAUGAUGGUUCGCUAUAUGGCAGGCGAAAAAUAUGGAAAAAUUGUCAGGAAUAGUAUGGUAGCAGCAAUGUGGCAGGACACACAGGCCAGGAUAGCAAAUCUCGGUGAAAUUAAAACCAAACUCAAAAAUGAAAAUAUGCAAGAAAUAUCACAUCAGUUCAAUGCUGCUAUAAUAGGUUAUGAUGAGGGCAUACAAUCUGAUGACAAAGUAUUAGCAGGAGCAUUAUGGAGACGAUUCUUUCAGUUGGAAUGCAACAAUCCGGAAUACGUUGAAACGCUUGUAAUUUAUGUUAGGAAACAGAUUUGUUUGCUUGACAGUAUACCAAAUAAUGAAAUUUUAAGAAAACCAAUUUUAAAAUUAAUAGACAUAAAAAGUUUGUGUAAACAACAACAAUAA